AUGGCAAUCAAGGAAGGUUACACAUUCACAGUUUUGGGCGCAGGUGUCAUGGGCUCAGCUGUGACAUCGGCCAUCAUCAAAGCCAACGUUAAGCCUUUCCCAGGUAAGAUAUACUUGUGCACCCAGGACUCAGCUUCUGUGGCCAGAUUGCGGGAAAACUACCCCCAAGAAUACAUCCAUGUUGUGGCGGACUUGGAGGAAAAGAAAAAGUGUGUUGCCGAAUCGGAUGUGGUACUUUUGGGCUGCAAGCCGUUCCACUAUAAAGGCUUGUACGAAGAGGUGAGCUCGUCUUUGAGCCACAAGCCAUUGGUGAUUUCUUUGUUGGCCGGUGUCACCAUCUCCCAAUUGACUAUUUUCUCGCCUUACAUUGCACGUGUCAUGACAAACACUCCUGCCCAGUUCGGAUGUGGAAUGGCCACUGUAGCGUUUUCGCCUGAAGCACAAGAAAAAUUCAAGGACGAGGUGCUUGCGCUUGCUAACACGGUUGGCAGCGCUGUGGAAAUUGCGGAGAAGAACAUGGAUGCGGCCACUGCAUUGGUGGGCUCGGGUCCUGCGUUUUGUUUGCUUAUGAUGGAAGCUUUGUAUGAUGGAGGAGUUAGAAUGGGACUUCCCCACGAUGUGGCGAAGCUUUCGGCCGCAAAAGUUAUGGAGGGCACGGCCAAGAUGGUUUUGGAAACCGGCGAACAUCCUGCUGUUUUGAAAAGUAAGGUGUGUACUCCCGGUGGAACUACAAUUGGGGGAUUGUUGAAGAUGGAGGAUGCUGGUGUCAGAGGCGCCAUUUCCAGGGCAGUUGAGGAGGCUGCAGUGAUCUCCGCUUCGUUUUCCAAAUAG